AUUUCUCCCGAUUGUACGAGUUCCUCAGCGUGUCGAACGACGACUGAAGCGAACCCCUGAGCAUCCCGACCUAUGGUCCAGAAUUCUCGGGAUGGAAAAGGAGUCUGAAUGCUUGACCAUGGAAGAGCAAUACGCCAACGGCUUUCUCUUCAUGACAGCAGGAACAGACACGAUUGCAUCAGCACUAUCUGCAAUCACCUUCUACCUUCUUCGGAAUCCACAUCACUUAGACAGAGUCACCAAUGAGGUGCGGUCGAAGUUUUCAACAUCUGAGCACAUGUCACUCGAGGCCUUAGCAAGUCUGCCAUACUUGCAGGCAGUGAUUCAAGAAGGACUUCGUCUACAUCCACCGCUUCCAGUCGCCCUGCCUCGAGUGAUACCAAAAGGAGGAGCACGGGUCGGGGGAGAAUGGGUACCUGGCGGCACGAUUGUUGGCAUUCACUUUCUGUCUAUACACACCCAGGAACUUUACUUCAAGAACGCUCUUGAGUUCCACCCGCAACGAUGGCUUCACGAUCCCGAAUUCAAGGACGACCAAUUAGACAUGGCUAAACCAUUUCUCAUGGGACCAUUCAAUUGUAUUGGAAAGGUUUGGGGCCCUGAUGACUUGCCAAGUACCCUUCUAGCAUCUCUGUUCCUAAACUUCGAUGUUCGAUUGAGCCAAGGAUCUUUCGACUGGAAUAAAAUGAAGGUUUACACCCUAUGGCAAAAGAAGCCUCUUUUAUGCGAAUUGUUGUCCGCAAAGUCCAAGGUAUAG